GAUCCGAGCCGUCUGUACUACGAGUCCGCGGAGCUGAAGCUGUUUGAAAACAUCGAGUGCGAGUGGCCGCUGUUCUGGACCUACCUCAUCCUGGACGGCAUCUUCAUCAACAGCCCGGAGCAGGUGCAAGAGUACCAGGAGGCUCUGGAGGGGAUCCUGAUCAAACAGAAAGACGGGAUCCGACUGGUCCCGGAGCUCUACAGCGUCCCUCCAGAGAAGGUGGAGGAGGAGUACGUGAACCCUCACUCCGUGGAGAGGGUCUCGAUGGGUAAAUGUCCUCUGAAGUGGGGACAGUCGCUCUACAUCCUCGGGAACCUUCUGUCAGAGGGAUUCCUCGCCCCCGGAGAGAUCGACCCUCUCAACAGACGCUUCUCGACCAUCGCCAAGCCUGACGUGGUCGUACAGGUCUCCAUUCUUGCAGAGACGGAGGAGAUCAAAGAGCUGCUGAUGAAGAACGGCAUCAAUGUGGAGACUGUCGCUGACAUCCAUCCCAUCCACGUGCAGCCCUCCAGAGUCCUGAGCCACAUCUACGCCCGACUCGGUCGUAACCCUCGCCUUGGUCUGACCGGCCGACCCUACAGGAGGAUCGGCGUCCUGGGAACCUCUAAGUUCUACAUCAUCAGGAACACCAUGUUCUCGUUCACACCUCAGUUCAUCGACCAUCAGCAGUUCUACUUGGCGCUGGACAACAAAAUGAUCGUGGAGUCGUUGAGGACGGAGAUCGCCUACCUGGCGUCCCGCUGGAGGAUGACCGGGCGACCCACCGUCACGUUUCCCAUUUCGCAGACGAUGCUGACUGAAGACCACACAAACCUGGACCCUGCAGUCUUAGCUACACUGAAGAAGCUACAGGACGGAUAUUACGGAGGAGCGAGGAUCCAGACGGGGAAGCUGUCGGAGUUCAUGACCACUUCCUGUUUCGCUCACCUGAGCUUCCUGGAUGGUAAGGCUUCCGGCAGCAUGAGCCGCCGCGACGAAGAGUAUGAUGAUGAUGAUGAUGGUGAUGAGGCUGUCGCCGAUGGAUACGUGCAUGAGUUACGUUGUGAUGAUGAGGCCGACGACCUCGCUCAGUACCUGGACCACCUGUUGGCUCACGCCGCCCCCAAGAAGCCCAAACAGGAAGUGAAAGGUCUGGGGAGGUUCAAGGCGGCGGCCGCCAAGACGAAGGCGAUGGUGUCUCUGAUGAACAAAGCUCAGGGCCUCGACGUUCACGAUGUGAACAUGUACCUGCCAAACAAGCUGUUCCGCACACGACAACCCUCCCUCAACCUGAACCUCCCCGACCCGGUGCCAGGGCAGGAGUCUCAAGGUCCUCAGGUGCUGCUCGCAGCAUUGAGCGAGAUCCCCCGAGACGCCAGCGGAGCCAUCGACCACCACGCUUUGGCCCAGAUGCUCAAAGACACUCAGAAUCUCCAGGACCAGGCCGACAUCCUCUACAUCCUCUUCAAAGACAAAGGCAUGGAGUGGGAUACUCAUCUGCACGGUAAAGGCUCCACUGUCCGAUCUCUGCUCUCUGACCUUUACGAGAAGGCCGGGGAACUGAAACACUGGAGCCUCAUCAGGAUGAUCUCCGGCAUGCUGAGGAAGAAGGUGGAGGAGCUGGACUCGGCCUGCUCUGAUCUUCUGGCUCAUCAGAAACACUUGACGGUCGGUUUACCUCCCGAGCCCCGAGAGAAAACCAUCACAGCCCCGAUCCCCCCGGACCUGCUGGCCAACCUCAUCGAAGAGGCCAGCGACAACAACAUCAGCGUUGCCAUCCUCACUCAGGAGAUCAUGGUGUACCUCGCCAUGAGCAUCAGGACUCAGCCGAACCUCUUCAGCGAGAUGUUCAGACUGCGGAUCGGUCUGAUCAUCCAGGUGAUGGCCACGGAGCUCGCACAGUCGCUCAACUGCUCAGGAGAGGAGGCCACAGAGAGCCUGAUGGGUCUGAGUCCGUCAGAACUGAAGAAUCUCCUCCAUCACAUCCUCAGCGGCAAAGAGUUCGGAGUGCAGCGCAGCGUCAGAGAGAUGGAAGCCGGCGUCAGUCCUGCCAUCUCCAUCCAUCAGCUCGGGAACACGGGCGCCACGAAGAGCGAGAGAGCCGGCAUCAGCAAACUGAAGAGCGACAUGAAGAUGCUGGAACACAGGUUGUCUUUGUCGGGGGAGCGCAGGUUGUCCCUGUUCGAUCCAUUUAAGGAGCCCAGGUUGUCUUUGACAGAUCCUGCAGAGGUUGACCGCAGAGUGUCUUUGACUGACUCAGUGAAGCUCGACCAAUCACUGAGCUUCUCUUGCAAGGGCUCGCGCUCCUACUCUCUGGACAUAGACAACGUUGAGUCCGGGAGGUACAGACUGCCCUCCAUAGAAUCUUUGGACAUUCCGGAAUGCAUCCCGGCCGCCAAGGAUACCCGGCACGGCCAAUGGCUGCGCAGGAGGCGUCUGGACGGAGCGUUGAACCGGGUCCCCGUGGGCUUCUACCAGAAAGUGUGGAAGAUCCUGCAGAAGUGCCACGGUCUGUCCAUAGAAGGGUUCGUCCUUCCAUCUUCAACCACAAGAGAGAUGACGCCAGGUGAGAUCAAAUUCUCGGUCCACGUGGAGACGGUUCUGAACCGCGUCCCUCAGCCGGAGUACCGGCAGCUGCUGGUGGAGGCCAUCCUGGUGCUCACCAUGCUGGCCGACGUGGAGAUCCCGAGCAUCGGCUCCAUCAUCCACGUGGAGAAGAUCGUCCACAUCGCCAACGACAUGUUCUGCAAAGACCAGACGGACCUUGGAGCAGAGGAGCACAUCCUGGAGAGGGAUCCGUCCACUGGAGUGUGCAGGCUUCUGUACGACAGCGCCCCCAGUGGACGCUUCGGGAGCAUGACGUACCUCACCAAGGCGGUUGCGGUGUACGUUCAGGACUUUCUGCCCAGCGGCUCGUGUGCCGUGCAGUGAGAGGGGAGAGCAGGGGAGGGGAUUGAAACCACAACAUUUGUUACAUUAUAAUAACCAUGAAUUAGAGGAAUGUGAUGAAACAUUUUGUUAAACUGCAGCUACAGUCGGUCACACGUCAGGACAAUUUUUUGCUUGUUUUAAAACACAUUUGAAGCAAAAUUCAGACUUAAAUUUAAACUGUUACUUAUAUUACAGCUGAGGCACAUGCCCCUGAGAUUAAAAAGUGAAGAUCA